AUCCUACUGUCCUCAACAACAUCAUUUCAAUCCUCACUAACAAUUUCCACGGGCCAUGGCGUUCUUAUAUGCAUGUGGACGCUGAUCAAUGCAACCGUUGGUGGAAACUGUUUCAGAGAAAGUAUGAGUGGGAUCUCUGCUUUGAUACCAAAAUGAAAAAGAAGUUCAAGUCUCGGGCCUCUGAAUGGUUGAGCAAAAAUAUUGGCAGAGCUAGGCGGGAGAACAAGAAGUCGGACUGGAUUGGAGAUUGAGAUUGGAAGCUGUUGCAAAAAUAUUGGGCCUCUGAUGCUUUUAAGAAAAAGAGCCAACUUGGAAAGAAGAACAUGAACUCUAAAGCUGGGAAGGAAUCACAAUAUCGCGGUGGCAGGAUACCGGUGACUACGCAUGUUGAAAGGCUGACGAAUGAGUUGAAUAGGCCCCCCUUGAAGAUUGAAGUGUUUGACAAGGUUUAUGUCCUGAAAUCGGGUGACCCCCCAGCACGUGUAGUUGAAACCAAGCAAAAAUACAAUGAGAUGAAACCCCAUGUUGAAUCGCAAGGGAAGUCUUACGAAGAGGAUGAUUCUGAGCUGUUUUGCGCGGUGGUCCCGCUAUACAAAGGCAGACGGUUUGGGACGGGAUCUGAAGCUGAAGCACUGUCUGACCUUGAAUGCACCAGCAGGAUAUCGGGGCCGACUCAAGUAGAAAUCGAUUCCCGCAUCAAGGAGCAGCUCGAAGCCCGGUUUGCGCAGCAGAAAAAGUAGUGGCAAACUCAGAUGGCGAACAUGACUUCUGCUUUUACGGCGUACAUGGAGCAAGUGCGAAGCUCGAACCCUUCUGUCCCGCUACCUGAUUUCUCUCCUUUUCUUACCCCGACCUCCGCCCAAAUGAAUGGGCUACAUGAUUCGAAUGAAGUGCGGAUGUCUGAUCUAUUUGUGUAAUGAACAAACUGUUUAAUUUUCUGUACGAUUUC